AUGUCAGGAUCUAACAUGAAUAACUGGUACCUGACCCGGAGGCUGAUGCUUGUGGACACGUUGAGUGGAAGGGAAAACUCUUUGAGUUCUUCACCCAGAGCCAUACGUGUGGCCUCUAAUAUUAAGAUCGGAUUUCAACUGGUGCCGAAUACACAGAAGGGACUGGUCUACCCCCCUCUGAUGACCGUGGCCUACUCAGAUAUACUCGUCACUGACCCCAGCACACAGACUGUUUCUGUGUCAUUCUCUCUUGAAUAUACAAUGGACCAGGAGGAAGCUCGGAUCAAAACUGAUAUUGCUCUUGGUGUGCUGGGAGGGGUGGCUGUUGUCCACUCUUUAUUGAAGACCGCAAGCUGGAAAAGAAGAAUUGCAUCUCCUCUUAUUGACCUACAGACAAUUAUGAAGUUUCUGGUGUUCUAUGCUGGUGAUCUAGCAAAUGUUUUCUUCAUCAUCACUGUUGGAACAGGCCUCUACUGGCUCAUAUUCUUUAAGACAUUGGAGGCACAGCUAUUUGUGUCCGUGUUGCUGCCGUUACCAGCUCAGGAGGAGCGUUUUGUUGUUUAUGUUGGUUGUGCCUUUGCAUUGAAGACCGUACAAUUUCUUCAUAAGCUCUUUGUUCAGAUAUCUGUGGAUAUUUUCUUUAUAGACUGGGAAAGACCUUGUGGUAAAUCUAGGAAACAUGCGGAGGGGUCUGGCGAAGCAAAAAGUCAAGCAUCUCCUGUCAGUAUCUGGAGAACAUAUUUUGUGGCCAAUGAGUGGAAUGAGAUUCAGACUGUUCGCAAGAUCAACCCCACUUUUCAAGUCAUCGCUGUGCUCUUUUUUCUGGAGGUGGUGGGCUUUUCAAAUUUGGCUCUAAGAGACCCCUCGUCCAACCUGCGUCGAGCUCCUGAGUCAUACAAGCCUACAUACAGUCUAAUACUCCGCUACGGUGUGGCUUCUGCUAUGUGGCUCUGCAUUGGCUUAAUGCAGAUGAUAUUCUUCACAGUAUUCCAUGAGCGCUUUGUUGAAGACAAGAUUCGCCAGUUUGUAGAUUUGUGCUCAAUCAGCAAUAUCUCAAUGCUGCUGCUGUCUCAUCGAUGUUUUGGCUACUACAUCCAUGGACGCUCUGUUCAUGGUCAUGCUGACACCAACAUGGAUGAAAUGAAUACAAACCUGAAGAGAGAGGGGGAGAAUCUGUGUGGCCAAAGGGGACUUUUGCCGAACUCUGACACUCAGACAUUUCAGAUUUCAAUAACCAACCGCCUGCGAACUCAAUAUGACCGAAUAAUUGAGCCAAUCAACAGGAGAAAUGGUCCCUCAAGGUUGGUGGAUGCUUCAGCCAAUUCAUGUGAGCAGAGCACAAAAGCGUACCAUACAAUGAACCGAUUCCUGGGCUCCGUCAUCGAUCAUGCACACCGUGAGAUGGAUUACAUUGUGAAAGAUAAGCUGCUGUUUGAGAGAUUAAUCGGUAUGGAGUUUAUAGAGCCACUGGAUAAAAGCAUCUUUUAUAAUGAUGACUCUCACUCAUUCGCUGAUGUCCUCUUUUAUGGUAAUGAGGCUGUGCUGUUGAUUUUUGAUACUCUCUUCUUCUGUGUGGUGGAUCUGGGCAGUCAGAACUUCAUUCUCGCAGCUGUGUUAACAUACGUCCAGCAACUGGUCUUCAGAUUAAUCCGAAAUGGAAUGGGCCGCAGGAACCUAGCCAACAAAACUCUGGUUGACAAAAGAUUUCUUAUCUAGUUCCUCUUCUUUUUCUAUCUGCUUUCUGUUAUUGUGAUGGUGAUUGUGUUUUUAUACCAUGGCAGCCUUCAGGUUUCUUCUACAGACUAUAAAAUUAUUAUUUGUGCAAGAUUUUUUGUACUUUCAAAGCCAAGACAUUUGGGGGUUUGAUGUAUCAAUGUUUUAUAUUUAAAUAUUUUUGAUCAAUUAAAUCGUUACUUGGUUUUACG